AUGGUGAUGUACUUGGGUUUGAUGAAUCAACUAACAACCUUCUCCUUGUCAAUGACCACCAUACCAGCAGAGAUGAUUACCAUAUUUGCAAAUAUGCCUCACCUAGUUGAUAUUUAUCUUGGAAAAUUUGGUGUGCUGGAAAAGCUGCCCACUGAGUUCCCAAGAAGCCUACGAUGUCUUUAUCUAACUGCUGUUGUCAUGAAACAAGAUCCAAUGCCAGUCCUAGAGAAGCUUCCAUGUCUUGUGGUGCUCAUGUUGGGCGGUUAUGAAGGCCAAACCAUGUCCUGCUCUGCCCAAGGGUUUCCUCGGCUGCAAGAGUUGCAACUUGUUAAGUUUUCUAUGGAGAAGUGGGGGGUGGAGGAAGGGACAAUGCCAAAGCUCUGCCGCUUAACACUGUGUGUGUGCAGGAAAUUAAGCAGGCUCCCUGAGGGGUUGCUGCACCUUGUGUCUCUCAAUCACCUAGUACUAGAGUGUGUGCCACUGAUUUCUGAAGAUGACACGACAUUAAAUGAGUUGAAGCAGAAAAGAUGCAAGGUAGCGUGA